ACCUCUUUUAGGGGCUACCCCAUUUUUCCCGCAAAAAUGAAAAAUUUUGUUUUUAACGAAGUACCGACCUUUGUAUUGCCGAUAUCAAAUGUGACAGUACCUGUGGGGAGGGAAGCUGUACUCGCUUGUACGGUUGAUGAUUUAUCAAAUUACAAGGUGGCAUGGCUUCAAGUUAACACACAAACAAUACUAACGAUUGCUAUUCACGUUAUUACUAAGAAUCACAGGAUCUCAGUAUCGCAUAGCGAUCACAGGAUAUGGUACUUACAUAUACGAGACGUUCGUGAAAGCGAUCAAGGCGAUUAUAUGUGUCAAAUAAAUACUGACCCGAUGAUUAGCCAAGUAGGACAGCUCAAAGUUGUAGUACCUCCAGAUAUCCUUGAUUAUCCUACAAGCACGGAUAUGGUUGUAAGAGAGGGUAGCAAUGUGUCACUACGUUGUGCAGCUUCCGGAUCACCGCAACCCAAUAUCACGUGGAAACGUGAGUCGGGUGAACAUAUUGUUUUGGGAGCAAAUGACGAAGCUGUAUCCAGUGUUAAUGGAUCAACAUUGAACAUAACGAGGGUAAAUCGACUUCACAUGGGAGCAUAUCUCUGCAUAGCUUCCAACGGGGUACCACCGACUGUCAGCAAGAGAAUAAUGCUCAUCGUUCAUUUUCCACCUAUGAUAAUGGUACAAAAUCAGUUGGUUGGAGCACAAGAAGGACAAAACAUGACACUUGAGUGUCACUCGGAGGCAUAUCCUAAGGCCAUUAAUUAUUGGACACGUGAGAAUAAUUUGGUUAUAUCAAAUGAUGAAAAAUAUGAGUCGUCAUAUACAGAUAGUCUGCAAAUGGACGCGUACAAAGUUCAUAUGAAAUUAACAAUAAAAAAAGUGGAAUUAUCGGACUACGGAUCAUACAAAUGUAUCUCGAAAAAUUCGCUUGGCAGCACAGAUGGCACUAUAAAACUCUAUCGAAUUGAAACACCAACGACACUACCAGAACCGUCAACAACUACCCCAGUACCGCCUACAGUAGUCAGAGUGGAAAGUAAACCGAAACCACGUCAAAAAGUAUCUCCAACAGUUGUGUCGAAUUUCAAUGAAAUAAUUGAUGCAUCAAAAACAUCCGAGAGUGAAAAACGUGCCCAAUUACGUGAAAGACCGAAGACAAACGCCAAGAGCGGAAGAAAAAAAAGUGACGACAGGUCACAACAAACAGACGAAGCAGCGCGAUCAAUGUCUUCGAGAAGCGCCGGUAUCUUAUCAAUUACACGCUCUAAUUUUGCUUUACUCACUAUCACAUUAACUGCAUUUUUAUAA